CAUAGCAGUAUUCUGCAACAUUAUGUCGCGUUACCAGGAGCAGCGGCUGUGUAACUGCUUACACGCGUCAUAUAUUCCGCGGGGCGUCUGUGCCUGCGGGCUGUGCACCAGAGCAGCGGGUUUGUAGCCGUGCAGCCGCGAAGGCCCCCAAGAAGACAAUUUUUCGGGUCCCGGGGGACCAUGCGCAGGAUCCGAAUUGGAUCUUUUCCGAUGCGUGUGACAUUAUGGUAGUGAAGUCUGCUCCAGGACGAGGAGGUCGUGCUCCAGAACCGGAGCUGAGGCUGGAUUCUAUGGAGCGCAGCAAAGUACUAGACAAGGAACUGUCAGCCCAGGUACCUCUAUUUGGUGGAAUUAUUUCGAGUGAUCUUUUACAUGGAUUUGGUUUUUUCGUUUUUAUUAUUGCGUUGCUUUUGUUUUUGUUUUUCGAAGUCAACCUAUGUAUUUGUCUCUGUAGUAGAGUGCUGCAUCGUUUCCCCAAAGGCACAGCAGCCACUCGAAAAAAUGAAAAACAGACGCGAGUCGUACGACAGCGCCGAGGGCCUCAUGGAAGGAUUGCCACGAGGCCUCCGACGGUCGGCACCCUUGGGGCAGGGAAGGACAAGGACGAUGAAAGGGGAAGAAAAACAAAAACAUACCCGGCCGGAGACGCGAAUAAUUCGGAUCAGGAUGAUGAACACCGCACGGGCAGCGGGGACGGUUGUCGGGGUAGGGCGC